GUGUUUAUUAUCUUGAUGCUGCUCCUUUUUCUCUAUAUUAAUAAGAAGUUCUGUUUUGAAAAUGUUGGCGGGUUUCCAGAUCUUGGUUCAGGAUACAGUACAAGGAAGAACUCACAAGACAAAAUUUAUAAUUCCUACAUGGACAAAGACGAGCAUGGCUCAUCCUCUGAAAGUGAAGAUGAAGCGCUGGGUAAAUAUCAUGAGGCCUUGUCCAGAACACACAAUUCCAGACUUCCUUUGGCAGAUUCCAGACAAAAGAACUAUGCUUGGGAAACCAGACAGAAAUACAGUCCUCUGUCUGCGGAGUAUGAUGGCUACAGCAGUGAGGCAUCGAUAGAUGAAGGAAACUGCAUUCAGAGAAUGAGAAGAACACCCCCACUGGAUGAGUUGCAGCCACCACCAUAUCAGGAUGACAGUGGUUCUCCCCAUCUCUCAUGUACGCCCUCAGAAAUUGGGGACAGUAAAUGUGAAUUUUCCCACUGCAGCAACAGUCCGCGAUGCUCAUAUAACAAGUGCCCAAGUGAAGGAAGCACAGGUCACGAAGUAGAAAGUUUUCAUAAUAAAGGAUACGAAGAAGACGUUCCAAGUGACAGCACUGCCGUCCUGAGCCCAGAAGAUAUGUCAGCUCAAGGAUCAUCUUCACAGCUUCCUAAACCUUUUGAUCCUGAGCCAGAAGCUAAAUAUGGCACACUGGAUGUGACUUUUGACUAUGACUCACAAGAACAGAAGCUUCUGGUAACAGUGACAGCUGUCACAGAUAUCCCAACGUAUAACAGGACAGGUGGCAACUCGUGGCAAGUACACCUGGUUCUUCUGCCUAUAAAGAAACAGAGAGCAAAAACCAGCAUCCAGAGAGGACCAUGCCCUGUCUUCACAGAAACAUUCAAAUUUAAUCAUGUUGAAUCUGAGAUGAUUGGAAAUUACGCAGUUCGGUUUAGACUGUACGGUGUACACCGCAUGAAAAAAGAAAAGAUUGUGGGGGAAAAGAUUUUUUAUUUAACAAAAUUGAAUCUUCAAGGGAAAAUGUCAUUACCUGUGAUAUUGGAGCCUUCUUACAAUCAUUCUGGCUGUGACUCCCAAAUGAGCAUGUCAGAAAUGUCCUGUAGUGAAAGUACAUCCUCAUGCCAGUCUCUUGAACACGGCUCGGUUCCAGAAAUCCUCAUUGGCCUGCUUUAUAGCGCCACGACUGGAAGACUAGCAGCGGAAGUGAUCAAAGGCAGCCACUUCAAACACUUGGCAGCAAACAGACCGCCCAAUGGACUGUUCUGUUGUCUAAAACACUUGAUAGGUGGACAGGUUUAUAUUAUCCGAGAUACGUAUGUUAAAUUAACUCUCCUGAAUUCCAUGGGUCAAGAGAUGUCCAAAUGCAAGACAUCCAUCCGCAGAGGGCAGCCCAAUCCAGUAUACAAGGAAACAUUUGUUUUUCAAGUGGCCCUAUUUCAACUUUCUGAUGUGACACUCAUACUGUCUGUGUAUAACAAACGCAGCAUGAAAAGGAAAGAGAUGAUAGGCUGGAUCUCUUUAGGUCUGAACAGCUCCGGAGAAGAGGAGCUCAAUCACUGGACUGAAAUGAAGGAGUCGAAGGGACAGCAAGUGUGUAGAUGGCAUGCGUUACUAGAGUCAUGAUGAAUAGGAUAAACGAGCAAUUACAAUCCAAGACAGCAUUAUUCUGAUUGCAGCAUUACUGGUUUUACCUAGUCACCAUUAGAAGAGCGUCGUCCUCUACCUUCUCCCAGGAUGCUUUGUAUUCUGUGGAAAGAGCUUCUAAUCCUCACAUAAAGGAAGACAAGAUGUGUCUCUGGUAGAGCUUGUUUGGGAAAUGAGAAACUUAAAUCAUCACAGUUAACAGUCCUCCAGAGCUUUAAGAACAUACUUUUGGUUUGAAGUUAAUUUCACUUUAGCAAAAAGCCAGCACUUUCAUGAAAAAUCAAAAUUAUAAGUGAUUUUUUAAAUCAGAAUCUUUAGUUGCAACACUGUUUUAGUGCCCCCCCACCCCCAAAAUGCUAACCAGGAAACACGUAUUUUGAUUGGCUCGUCCCUGGUGUUGGUUAUGUUCUUUAAUCUGCAAAAGUACGUCUCCGGCUCUGUCAUGAGGCAUGUCUAAUGGCGAAGGGUUUCAAUUACAAAGAAAAUGGUUUCAUCUCAGAUAUUUUCUCUUUGUGCACUUAGUUUCAUUGUGCCUCAAGUUCUUCUCAAUAGCACUGAAUCCUCAGUGCAAGCAAGUCUUCAUUUUCAUAAAGGAAUUUUUUUUAUAUGUCACUUUAAAACAUAAAGCUCAUUUCUUCAUUUGCCUCUGCUUUUGCCUGAUCCAAAGAGACCCAGUCCAUAUACUGGUCCCUCGCAAGUCGUUUAGACAGGUUGUCCUGUAGAACUAUGUAACUUUCUGUUGAAAGCACUUCCUGUAUUCCUGUAUUCCAAUGUAGGAAGCUAAUAGAGCAGGACUUUAACAUUUCUUUCCACGACUGACUCUCUAAAAUUGUAGUAAUGUGAAAAUACAUUUUUUACAAACUAAAAAAAAUA